UGCCCUUCUUGUCCAGCGACGACCUUGACGACUGCAACGACGAAUCAUAGCUAGACGACAAAGAUUGGCAACGGGCACCCGCCAUGAAGGUGCUUGAAAGUGCUCAGGCUCUUGUAUCGACUUUGUUCCGCUUGGUUGCCUACAUCUUCCUCCAAGUAAUACCACAUCAUCUGGGGAAGACGUCUUUGCCGCCUCUCUAUCUGCUCUAUCUUCUCCUGGCCUUUAUCCAGCCACCCGUGGACCUAGUUCCACCUAAGGCUACGUUAACGAAGCACACUAAUGGAAAUGGAGAAUCGCACGAGACAGACAAAGACGAGAAGGUAUUUAAAGAUACCACCCCAACUCGAACAAUCCCUUCCUCAGAUCGUGCGCCCAGCUACGGACCCCUCUCUGUCCUUCUCCUCACCCUACCUACUCGCUCGCGCGCACUCCGCGUAGCAAAUCUUGCCAUCAACACGCUCAUCUUUGCCGCGGCCGUCGAGUUCGUUGCAUAUCCCUUCUUCGACGAUGCCGCGGACGUGGUCUACACCCGCAUCGGCGCGAUGUACCCGGAUGCGACCAAGCUAGUCGUCCGCUACCCGGGCGACAGUGCGGCGCACCGCGAGGUCCGUGUCCUUUGGAGACAAGCAGAUGCUGCCGACUCCUGGAACAACGGGCCCGUGGCCAAUCUGACAUCGGAGAGCGACUGGGUCGCUACCGUGAGGCUGGACGGCCUCUGGCCGAGCACCUCGUACGAAUACCAGUUCCAAGACACAAACGGAACCCUGCUGCCAUACCCCUCCAGGCCGAUCCGCUUUCGCACCUUCCCCGACCCUCAGCUAAACAGCGGAUCCUACUUCCGCUUCCUCGCUUCCUCGUGUCUCACGCCGAACUUUCCCUACUUGCCCCUGCAGGGGCGCAGGAUCAAGGGCUUCGACCUCGUCGCGGAGCAUAUCUGGCCAGCUGAGAAACAAUCGGUGCCAUUGCCAGAAGUUACGUCUGUCAAUCCCGCCCCUCCCGCAGCCGACGAGUCGUCCUCUACAUCAGCAAGUGUGUCGACAGUACCCGAGAGUGCAUCAUCUUCCGCAAAUGAGUUUGCGACAACACCGGUUUCUCGUGCAUCAUCAGUAACCAAGGCCCCUACGGAAUUCAUGAUUUUCUUGGGAGACUUCAUCUAUGCGGACGUCCCGAUAUACUAUGGCGAUGACAAAGAGACAUAUCGCCGCCUGUACCGCCGCAACUACCAGAGUGACAGCUUUAGGAAGGUUUAUGAACGACUACCCUUCUUCCACGCAUACGACGACCAUGAGAUUAUCAACAAUUACGCAGGAAACUCCAACGACUCCGCGCCUCCCUUCGCGAAUGCGAAUGAAGCAUUCCAGUUGUACAACGCUCAAGCCAACUACGACUCUCCAGUGGAGGGUCAGCAUUACUAUGAGUUCCGGCACGGCGACACUGCUUUCUUUGUGAUGGACACUCGCCGCUAUCGCUCCGUCGUUGAGGAGACAGAUGAGGCCAGUCGCACCAUGCUUGGCGAGAAGCAGCUGGCAACGCUGUACGAUUGGCUGGGCAGAGUCAACAACACUGCUACGUUCAAGUUCAUCGUGUCUUCGGUCCCGUUCACGUCCCUAUGGACGUACGAGGCGUUGACCGACUCGUGGGCCGCGUUCACGCACGAGAAGGCCGCCCUGCUCCGUGCGCUGCACACCGUGCCGAACGUGAUCGUCCUGUCCGGCGAUAGGCACGAGUUCGCCGCGAUCGAGUUCACGGGCGAGGCCGCGGCGCAUACUGUCCUCGAGAUCUCAACGAGUCCGCUGAGCAUGUUCUACGUGCCGAUCGUGCGCACGUUGAACAUGGCGAGCGUGGACACAGUCAACAGGACGACACAGGUGGUGCAGCAGGGCGAGAAUGGGACGGUGGAGGUGACUGAGGUCGUGGAGCAAGUGCCGCAGGAGCGUGUGCUGAGAUAUAUUGCCGACGGGAACUAUAAGUGGUCGUCCAUUGAGGUUGAUACACGCGACCAGGACCAUCCUGUCGUGAACGUUGACAUCAUGAUCAAUGGAGCAUGCGCCUACAACUUGACAGUCCACGGACAGCCAGUCAAACUGCGUUCCGCUACGGCACUCGGGGCGUAUGUACCGCAAAGCUUCAAGGGGGUACUAGAUAAGUUCGGGUUGAAACCGAGUCGGUGGUUCUAAACCAAUUGUUUUUCAAAGUUUGUAGCACAUAUGCUGUAAUGCUAAUCUAGAGACUGUAACAUCUCACAAUCACGACCCAUUGAUUGUUUCUGUGGAAAA